CAUCACUCUGAGAUUAUGGCAUCUACCCUUAGAUUUUGGAUUUUUUUACUCAGCAUUUGUGAUUGCAUUAGUAACUUCCUGGUCUCGGCGGAAUACUGCUACUUCGAUAACUUCUAUGACAACUACUACUGCUCUUACGAUUCCUCCACUUCGGACGCUUUGACGAUCGGGGGUGCGGUGGCCGGUGUGAUUAUCGGGAUAAUUCUCCUUGUGGUCUUUUUCAUCGUCUGCGUUUAUAAUAAAAAACGACUCGUGGUCAAACCGAAAGCAAACGGGGCCAGCGUUAACACAGUCACAAACACUCAUCACAUGCAAGGAGGAUACGGACAGCCGCCAAUGCAAGGAUACGGACAGCCAAUGCAAGGAUAUGGACAGCCGCCAAUCCAAGGAUACGGACAGCCGCCGAUGCAAGCAUAUGGACAGCCUAUGCAAGGAUACAACCCUUACGGACAACCCCCGCCUCCAGGGGGCAAUCCUGCCUAUCCACCACUCGCACCAAAGGGCAAUCCUGCCUAUCCACCACCACUUGCACCGGGGGGGGGGGGGGGGGGUCCUGCCUAUCCACCACCCCCACCCGCACCAGCACAAUACUAGUGGGUCAAAAAGAUUUUGAUACAUUGUUCAAUGUUUUCCAUUGUUGCGUGUAUCUGGCGUUACUAGAUGAUAUCUUGCGCAAGCGCGGGAAUUAACACUCAACACAUUAAUAGGAUACAAUGCUUUAUAUAUAGAACCAUAAUUUUUGUACAUAAUUUUUCUCAAUUGCUAUCUUAACAUAUUCUUAGAUUUAAAAUAAAAAACCAACUGCAUGGCUGGAUAUUUAGAUGAGCGGACAGGGAUGAAAUCUGUAGACUAAAAUGGAUGACUUACAUGUAUACAUGUACGUGGUCUUAAUUAUUUUGUUGCAGCUGUGUAAAAAAAAAAAAUAACUUGUAGCCUAUAUUUUUUUCAAAGCAGUGGUUGGGUAUCUCCAAAUUUCAUAUAUGAUUUUAUCACUGUUCUAAAUAAGAAUUUCAGAUAAAAGACUGUUUUGUAAAAAUAAUUGGUACCCCCCGUUAAAUGCAUACAUUUAAUUUUUGAUAUGGACGUAGAACACAAUCUGUUCAUUUUUUAUAAUAUGAUAAUGUUAUGAUAUAUAGUAUUAAUUAUACACAAGUAUCUUGACAUUAUUGUUUUCACUGUGGCCCCUGCACAAUUCUUGGGCCCCCUCAAGAGGUUCAAAGUUUGAUGUAAGUUUAUAUGUUAGUAAGAUCUUCUUGAGAAGUGCAAUGCACACCCUGUUACAAAAGAGGCAUAACAUACUCUGGACACAUACAUAAUUAAUGAUGUUAUGUUAGUUUAUAUGUAUUUAUUGAUUUUUAGAUAAUUAUUUAGAUAAUGAUGUACACUGUUUCCGUCCAUAUAUAAUGUGAUAUACUAUAUAUAAUGUAAAAUACUAUAAUGUGCAAUGGAUUUUUUUCUACAGUUAUGUCCCCUGCUGGCCAGGGUUUAUGUAUACAUGUAUUAAUGAAUCUAUAACAUCAAUCAAGUAAUCUUGUCAAUGAUUACAAUUUAUUUGAAAUACAUUAAAAACA